GGGGCAAACUGGCUACUUCUAAUAAAACAUUGAUACGGGGAUUUAAAAUAUUUCUACUGAUAUCUAAAGACAUCAAUGAUCGCUCAGUUGUAUUUAUAUCGCCAACCUCUGCUAACCGCACAGUUAGAAACUGUCUUUACUUGAUGUCAAAGAUACAAAAUUUACAUUGUUUAAUAUUAUUGCCAUUGCUGGCAUCAAAUAUAGACAAUUUCUCGGUGGGAUUUAAUGAACAAGGUUGUAAACAUCGCAGGCAGCAAGUACUUGCGGCGUUUAUUUCACGUCUUUUGGAUUUUCACGUCUAUGAACUAGGCAGAAUAUAUACGGUAAGCCAAGAUUACGGAGCCAAACAUUCAAAGAAUGAGUUGCCUUCAGCUUACACUCGAAAAAAUGUUUACUGGAUGACAAGUUUGAAUGCUGCGGCUUCCUUUAUUUUGACAGGUUGUGAGCAGGUUCAACUUGGCGAGAAGUUCCAACAUUAUCAUUUAAUAAGUAAUGAAGCAGUUUACCAUUUUCAAGACCCUAUGCUACGCAGUGGAUAUUCUCAUAUAUCUGACGUGUCAAAAGAUGGUCAUGCGCAUUUUACUAGGAUCUCUCAACAUCAUUCACUUUACAUGCAUGAAUCCAAACCUACACAGCGUGCAUUUUUACCCACUACUGUUUCCAUAAAAGAAAAAAGAGUUUCCCAUUAUUUUCCUCGGUGCUACAGAAUCACCCAGCGGACCUAUGUGCCGAUAUAUACAAUGGAUGUCAUUCGCCAACGUGAUAUUGAUUUGCAUCCUAAUUUUACAACUCUAUGGCAAAGCAUUAUCAAGAUGCGAUGGCACUGGUUCGCAAAUAAGCCGAAUGACGCACGAGCUUUCAACUAUGUAUAA